AUGGCUUCCAAUGUCGUUAAUAUCGACCCGGAUGGAGACGUCUUCAUCAUUAUUCCGACGUCGGCAAUACCUUCAAAUCUUGAUGUGACGAAUCAAGAGGUAACCACGAAGACCGAAUCAUCAGAUUUACAAGAUGAUAUUCAAUAUCAAGAUGGCAGCACUAUGCACAUACACCCCAACCCUCCUAAGGAAGAGGCAUUGGAUGAAGAUCGAAUGGAUACAAUGUCUACAGAAGAACAACAGUCGGUGUUGCACCUGCGGGUUUCGAAAAAGCAUCUAAUAAUGGCAUCAGCUCGUGCCAAGACAAUGUAUCGUACGAAAUGCAAGGAGUCGGUGCCCGACGCCGAUGGUUUCUUCCACUGGAAGUUCGAGCCAAUUUUCGAUCGAAUGGCAUUUGAGAUUGUUAUGAAUAUUAUUCAUGGACAGACUCACCUGCUGCCGGACAAGGUGACUCUUGAUACAUUGGCCCAGGUGGCUGCCAUCACAGAUGAUCUGCAGUGUCAUAACGCGGUGAAGUUUGUAACGGAUGCGUGGCUUGAAAGGAUGCAGACGUCCCCGCCUAAAGAGAUAUGUCCGGAUCUCCGUAAAUGGAUUCUCGUCGCUUCAGUUCUUCAUCAGCCUGAUAUUUUUCAAUCAACUACGCGUCUGGCAAUUGUGCAAUGCAGAGGGCCUCUUCUUGGAGAUGACAUUCCUAUUCCUCCCACAAUUAUCGAUGGAAUCGAGUCGAUGAGGAUUCAACUGCUUGGUGAGUUGACCAAGGAAGUGGAGCAGACAAUAGACCGCCUGAGCCGAGGCAACUCCCCUUGCACGUUUGAGUGUCGGUCUAUGUUGCUCGGAGCAUUGAUUCAAGAGACGCAAUGUGCUCGUAUACGACUGUCAGAUUCGUUUGGGUCUCUGCCGAACAUCUCUCUCACCACCGCGCUGAGUGAUAUACGCAAUUUUCGUUCACCGGAUAUCUACACGUCGCUAUCCGAAUACGACGGUCCCAUGGACGAAUAUCAAAGCCGAGAGUCCAAUGUAGCCUGGAAACUGGAACGGGUAUUUGAAGAGCACGGUCAUGCAUCCUACUCCAAAAAAGACAAAAAGCACCGCAAACGUAUCUCCGCCUCAGAUAUGCGGGAAAACGAACUUGAUGCGUAUCCAAGGACACUUUUCAGGCACCAAUGCUCUAUAGUUAGGCUCUUUGAACCUUUCUUGCAGAAAUUUGAAGCGAGUAUAACUGGGCUUAACCUCUCUGACUUCUCGGGAAUGGAGUGA